AUGCUUCAGAAAGCAAAUCUUCGAGAAGCUCUCCUUCUUAUAGGCACAGUCUCUGGGAAUGUCUUCGCUUUGGAUGUCAAUACCUUAGAGUUGUCAGAAUACAUUGUGUUUGAGGACUCUAUCUUGCAGAGAAUUCCUGAAUCAGCGAAGAGAGAAAAAUAUCCAGUCGACUUGCUCUCUGUUUGUCCAACAAAUCCAAGACUCACAUUAAUGGUAUUUGAUCAUCGACUCCUCUUAUCGUACGACUCUUCAACGAAUGAAGUGCUAGGCACGAGUGUGUUUGAGGUUCAGUGUAAGAAUAUCACGUGGACUCGUGACGGAAGUGAGUGCGUUGUCGCUCUUCACGACGGUUCCUAUGCUUCAUGCGAUCCAGCAAGAGCUUCCAUAAUUGAGCGUCCUGCACAGGUUUUUGGCCCUUUUCCUUGCAUUCCGACAAAGAAAGCAUGCUUUGCUGAGACAUCCAGCUCAAGCGAAAAGAUAGUCUUGUUUUCUGGAGGUAUGCCGCAUGCUUCAUAUGGAGAUCGAUUUGUUGUCACAGCCAGACAGGGCGAUCGCACUUGUGUAUUUGAUUUCGCAAGUCCAGUUAUAGACUUCUUGCUGACUCGAGGCGGUAGUGACGCGAUGCGCAGUAAUCGAAGAUACUCUUCAGCGGCAUGGCCUCUGAAUGCGACUAUUCCUGUAUCAGAUGAGGGUCGUAUAGUAAAAGAAGCAACUAAGAGACAACUGUAUCUUACUGGGCACGAGAAUGGUACUGUUCGAGUAUGGUCGGCCGGUCAUGCUGUUAUGAAUCUGUUAUUUGUCAUCGAUACCCGUAAUGAAUUCGCUGGCUUUUCAGAUGAGGCAAAGGAUACUCUUGAAGCUGAACAGCCAUGUGACUCAGACACAUCCGACGACGAAUUUCAGAUCACUGGCGACUGGCCUCCGUUCAAAAAGGUUGGUGAAUACGAUCCCUUCUGCGACGAUGCUGGCUUGUCUGUACAAAGAUUGGCGUUUGAUGAGAAAUCGGGACAUAUCGUUGUCGGAGGUCGCGCAGGACAUGUACUUUUGUAUACUCUUGAAGAGGUAGAACGGGAGAUGACCCCGCAGAUGUUGAAAAUUGAACUGUGUGAAGCUUCUAAGUUAUCUAUGCCCGCUCGAAAUAGCAAACCGUUGACUGUUCGUACGAAUGCCCUUAAAUAUACGCCAGGAUAUCAGCCUUGCCCGCUUUCUGCUCAGGAUAAGUGUAUGCUUGUUCAACUGCAACCACCUCAGCCAGUGUCUGCUGUCGCUGUUUUGUCUGCUCGAAAUCUGAUUGCUGCUUCGAAUGAGUAUGGGUUUGCUUUGAUCGAUAUCCAAAGACAAACCGUGUUGCUCCAGAACACCUUGGUGAACCAAGCUGAAGCCUUCCUGUAG